AUGGAGGUCCUGAAGGAGAAAGUGGAGGAGGAGGAGGCAGCUGAGCGGGAGGAGGCUGCUGAGCGAGCCGAACGGGCUAAGAUGGAGAAAAUGAUGAGGCCAGGAGAGCCAAGGAGGGAUGAAAGCUUUAUGACGCAGGAGAUGCUCCGAGAUCUGGAGAAGAAGGUGUCGGAGAUUGUGAUCCCCAGUGUGGAAGAGCCCUUGAUCUUAACACAGGACCUCAUCGACACCUCCAACCUGCCCCCUUCCUACAAAUCCAACUCGACCAAGGAGGAGCAUCUGCUGCAGGUGGCGGACAACUACUCCCACCAGUACAGCCAUCUGUGCCCCGACCGCGUGCCUCUCUUCUUGUACCCCCUGAAUGAGUGUAAUGUUCCGAAGUUUGUAAGCACCACCAUCCGGCCCACACUGAUGCCCUACCCUGAACUCUACAACUGGGACACGUGUGCCCAGUUUGUCUCCGAUUUCCUCACCAUGGUGCUCCUGCCUGACCCCCUCAAGCCACCCUCGCACCUGUACUCCUCCACCACGGUGCUGCGGUACCAGAAGGGAAACUCAUUCGACUUCAGCAUGCUGCUCUGCUCCAUGCUCAUCGGCGCUGGCUACGAUGCCUACUGUGUCAACGGUUAUGGCUCCCAGGACCUGUGCCACAUGGACCUGUCCCGGGAGGUGUGCCCGCUCACCAUGAAGCCCAAGGAGAUAAUCAAGAGUGAGGAGAAGCAACCACCUAAGAAGUAUGCCAUCAAACCACCCCGAGACCUUAACAGCAAGUUUGAGCAGGAUCAGGAGCUCAAGAAGCAGCUGCAGCUGAAGGCAGAGGAGGAGAAGCGAAGACGGGAGGAGGAGGAAAAACUCUUGGAGGAAGAGAAGGAGAAGCCCGACCCCCUGCAUGGCCUGCGGGUGCACUGCUGGGUCCUGGUGCUGUCCGGGAAGCGAGAGGUACCCGAGAGCUUCUUCAUCGACCCGCUCACGGGCCGCAGCUAUCCCACUCAGGAUGAUCACUUCCUGGGCAUCGAGAGCCUCUGGAACCACAGGAACUACUGGAUUAACAUGCAGGACUGCUGGAAUUGCUGCAAGGACUUGAUCUUUGAUCUGGGUGACCCUGUGAAGUGGGAGUAUAUGCUUCCAGGGCCAGAGAAGCACCGCCUGGCCUUGUCCGAGGAAGACGACGAGACACUGAAUGAUGAAGAUGAUGUUGAAGAUCUGGAAAAGGAAGACGAAGAAAAGAGCUUUGAUAUGCCAUCCUCGUGGGUGAUGCAAAUCCAAAUCUCUCCAGAAGCGUUCGAGACCCGCUGCCCUAAUGGGAAGAAGGUGAUACAGUACAAGAAGGCCCAGGUGGAGAAGUGGGCCCCGUACCUCAACAACAACGGCCUCAUGUGCCGCCUUACCACCUACCAGGACCUGGAGUGUACCAAGAUUUUGGAGAUCAAGGAAUGGUACCAGAAUCGGGAAGACAUGUUGGAGCUAAAGCAUAUGAACAAGACCACGGGCUUAUGUAUUGACUACUUCAAGCCUGGCCACCCCCAGGCUCUUCGUGUACAUUCCUACAAGUCCAUGCAGCCUGAGAUGGACCGGGUCAUGGAGUUCUACGAGUCAGCCCGUGUGGAUGGCCUGAUCAAGCGGGAGGAGACUCCCAAGACGAUGACUGAGUAUUACACUGGGCGCUCUGACUUCCUCUCCUACCGCCACAUCAAUUUCGGGCCCAGAGUGAAGAAGCCCACUCAGUGCACCGCAGAAUCAAACCCAAGGCCCAUUGUGAAAAUCACAGAGUGCUUCCACCGAAACCCCGAGAAGUCCGCGGAUGAGGACGUGGCGGAGCGCGUGUUUCUCAUCAACGAGGAACGCAUCCAGCUGCGCUAUCACUGCCGCGAGGACCACAUCACCACGUCCAAGCGGGAGUUCCUGCGGCGCACAGAGGUGGACAGCAAGGGCAACAAGGUCAUCAUGACCCCGGACAUGUGCAUCAGCUUCGAGGUGGAGCCUAUGGAGCACACCAAGAAGCUUCUCUACCAGUAUGAGACCAUGAUGCAACUGAAGGCUGCCGAAAAGGUGUCCCGUCAUCAGGCCUGGGAGUCAGAGCUGGAGGUGCUGGAGAUCCUAAAGCUUCGAGAGGAGGAGGAUGAAGAGCACGCGCUGACCAUCUCCAUCUAUGACACGAAGCGCAAUGAGAAGAGCAGGGAAUAUCGGGAGGCCAUGGAGCGUGUGUUGCACGAGGAGCACCUGCGGCAGGUGGAGACCCAGCUGGACUACCUGGCCCCAUUCCUGGCCCAGCUUCCCCCGGGUGAAAAGCUGACACGGUGGCAAGCAAUACGUCUCAAGGACGAGUGUCUCAGCGACUUCAAGCAGCGGCUCAUCGACAAGGCCAACCUCAUCCAGGCCCGCUUCGAGAAGGAGACUCAAGAGCUUCAGAAGAAGCAGCAAUGGUACCAGGAGAACCAGGUGACCUUGACACCCGAGGACGAAGACUUGUACCUGAGCUACUGCUCCCAGGCCAUGUUCCGCAUCCGCAUCCUAGAGCAACGGCUCAACAGGCACAAGGAGCUGGCCCCACUCAAGUACUUGGCGCUGGAGGAAAAGCUGUACAAGGACCCACGGCUGAUGGAUCUGGUGAAAGUCUAUGCUUGA